AUGGAAGAAAAAGAGGGGGGCCAAGAGACCAUUGCACUAGGCGAUGCCAAGCCAGAACUUGUUCACGCAUGUGACGAGAUCACAAAUAAGAACAUCCCUUUACAUGCAAUUGAACAGAGGAUAACAGGCAUCGAUACUGAAGACAAACUUCGCAAGGCAGUGGAGAUUAGACGAGCCCUCCUUGGCGUUGUGGACAUUCCGUGGGCUUCUGACAUGCACUAUUCUUCUGUUUAUGGACGAUGCUGUGAAAAUGUGAUCGGAUACGUACCGCUACCGGUUGGUGCUGUCACUGGGGCAAUCAUUGAUGGCAAGGAGUUUACAAUUCCCAUGGCCACAACAGAAGGGGCCUUGGUGGCAUCCACACAACGCGGCUUCAAGGCAAUCAUGAAGGCUGGCGGCACUGGCGUGCAAACUUAUGUUCACGCAGAUGGGAUGACCCGUGCACCUAUCGUCCAUUUUGAAGAGUUGUCUGAUGCAAUUGCUUUGAAGAGCUGGAUUGCGAUGCAGGAAAAUUUUGCUCUCAUUGAGAGUACGUUCAAUGCAACCUCCUCCUAUGCCAAACUCGCCAAGAUCGACGCUACAAUUUGUGGGACGGACCUUUUCCUCCGCUUCAAAGCCACCACUGGCGAUGCGAUGGGUAUGAACAUGCUUUCGAAGGGCUGCGAACAAGUCCUUAUCACUCUGAAAGAAAAGUUCCCAAAAAUGAAAAUCAUCUCGCUUUCCGGAAAUUACUGCACAGACAAGAAGGCAGCGGCGUUGAAUUGGAUCGAUGGCCGUGGUAAAUCGGUCGUCGCACUGGCAACAAUUCCUGCAUCGGUUGUCGAAACCGUGUUGCAUGUCGAUGUGGCAGACUUGGUCGAUGCGUCUAUCAAAAAAAACUUCAAGGGCUCGGCAUUGGCAGGUGCAAUGGGAGGUUUUAAUGCUCAGGCAGCCAACAUUGUCAGUGCCAUUUUCAUAGCGACAGGACAGGAUCCGGCCCAGGCAGUGGUUUCCUCAUCCUGCCUUACGGAAAUGGAGAAGCUUCCCAAUGGCUCACUAAAGAUUUGCUGCACCAUGCCUUCCUUGGAGGUUGGGACAAUAGGCGGCGGCACUCAUCUUCGUCCACAACAAGCUGCACUUGAAAUGAUGGGGAUAGCGGGUCCAACGCCGCAGCAUCUCUCAUACGGAGAAAAUGCUCGCAGCCUUGCAAAAAUAAUUUGUGCAACCGUUUUGGCUGCAGAACUUUCCCUCAUGGCAUCGCUCAUACAGGGUACCCUCACGGAGGCUCAUUUGGCGCUCAACAGGUCCAAAGCAUAA